GUGGGGUUAAUAGUACAAUCUCUCCAAAUAUCUUGUUACAAUCACAAACUUAAGAUUAGUGGAUUACUGGUCAUGAAAAAGUUAUUGCCAUUGGUUCUUGGGCCAGAGGGAUUGAUACCAUGAAUUCACUCUCUGAAAAUGUCAUUUCAAAAGAAUAACCAUAUUAUUGAACUGGUAAAAUUCUCACUCUUUUCUUCCUCCUCUUCUUUUCCCUUUUUUUUUUUGGAUAGCAUGGGAUUCUAUGGUCAACGCAGGACUCAAGGGAUAAUUCAGUGUCUUCAAUUUUAUAUAAGUUUAUUUUCCAUGGAUUUUCUUUCUUUUCUGCUGAUGUUCCCUUGAAAGAAAAUGAAAAUAGCACAUCUGUAACUGUAGUUGCACAAGAACUCCAAAGCACUUCUGUCCUUGACUUCUUACUUCGGUUGACCUGCAAAGCCUUAAGGUGUGGACCUGCAAAGCCUUGAGGUGUGGUCUCAGGUAGACACUCCGACGUCCAAGUCAGCAAUAAUCAGAGCUACUAGGAAAUUUUCCUGAGGGAUCUGUACAUGUACGGAGUUACUAUAGGACAAGAGCAGAGGGGAUGAACUCGAGCUCGGCUGAGCUCAGCUGUGAUGAGCUCGUUGCUGAGUUCAUUGCUCCAGUCGGUGACUGCAUUAUUAAGAGUAGUUCCAGAUGCCCGAGGUUAUGUCCCUCGGACUACACUAAGGUGCGUGACCUCUGACUACCACUACAGUAACUUUCUUGACUUUUCUUUUGACAGCUCCAAGCCGAUGACCAGAGAGCAGUCAUGUGCACUAAGAUCAAAUCAUGUGCACUAAGAUCAAAUCAUGGCCCCAUUGCCAUAAUUCCAUGCUUUGGUUCUCAUUUUAACCCCCUCAAAAGUUGGAAAUGUAUCCCAACCUGUGGCACCAUCUUCUGCACAACUGUCUGCAACUAUUGGGAGUGUGAAUCACUCAUUCACAAAAUUCCACAGGUGUAAGCAAUCAGAAAAUGACACUGCAACCACUGUUGCUCCGCACAAAGGAACUUGUGUCCAAGAAAGUCUAUUUUAGUGGUGGUCGACCUUGUUCCAUUGCUCUCAAAGCAAGAAUGAAGGUUAAAUGGUGGCUCGAGCCAACUCAAACGCACCAAACUAAGUUAACGUCUUUGGUCCAGUCGAAAUUGGGUCAUUCAUGCUAGGAAUCAAGGAUUUUGCAAGGUGAUCUAAAUCAAAAAUUUGAUAUACCUCAUGUCAGUAUUCAGGUUGCAUGUGGAACAGGUUGAUGUCCAGAUGUUUUUGAGAUAUAAAAUGCUCAACUUGUU